AUGGAUAUCAACGAAAUCAUUAACAGAGGGUUGAACGAGAUAGCCAGUGGGUUUUUGUCCUUGACUGCUAGCUGGUGCCAAGCUGGGGCAAUGGUCUCUCGAGAGAAGAACUUUGACUCCAAGCUUGCCCAGGCUACGCAAGCGCUUGAGGAUGAGAAGACCAAGAUGCUCGAGGAAAACAACAAGUUGCUUGUGGAGAACAAGGAGUUGGCUAAGCUGAACGAGCAGCUAUGCGAGGACCAAUCCACUCUUACCCGAGAGCUUCAGGAGAGUGAAGAGGCCCGGAAUAAAGCCAUCGACGAGCGACACAAAUGGAAGGAGAACUGCAAACUCAACACCCAAGAGUAUAAAAUUAUUGAUUACGCUCGAAAGAUGUGGAACGAAGAGGAUUUUAAUUUUUGUGUAAAAGUGGAUGUUCAUGUUUUUGUUUAUGAUCUUCCUCCAAAACACGAUUCUGGCAUUGAUAGUGAUGUUGAUAGUGAGGAGUAUAUGGAUAAUAUGACUAUUAAUUUCGUGGCGGCAAGCGAGAAAUCCAUUGAAAGAUUGGAGAAAGUUUUGAUUAAAGAUGAUCAAAUUGUAUGUUCUAUUUGCUUUGAGAAUGUUCAUGUUGGUUUGGAAGCUACAAAGUUACCUUGCACACACACAUAUCAUGAAAAAUGUAUUGUUCAGUGGCUACAAACUAGUAAAUUUUGUCCAAUGUGUCGAUUUGAGAUAGUUUAA